CGUCACCGCAGCACAUGAUUUUGCCUUCCUUCCCCUUCUCUCAUAAAUACACCAACGCCCACUGCCAUUCUCUCUUCACACCAUCGCCAUGAGGCUCUCAUUCUUCUUCUUCUUCCUCUUCCUCGCCUUCUUCUUCCCUCUCUGUUUCUCCGCCAAUGUAACCUACGACCGCCGCUCCCUCCUCAUCGACGGCCGCCGCAGGCUCCUCAUCUCCGCCUCCAUCCACUACCCUCGCAGCGUCCCCGGAAUGUGGCCUGGUCUGGUUCAGAAGGCCAAGGAAGGAGGAGUCGAUGCCAUUGAGACUUAUGUCUUCUGGAAUGGGCAUGAACUUGCCCCCGAUCAUUAUUAUUUUGGCGGGCGGUUUGAUCUGGUAAAGUUCGUGAAGAUUGUUCAGCAGGCCGGAUUGUAUGUGAUUUUGCGCAUUGGUCCAUUUGUUGCGGCCGAAUGGAACUUCGGUGGAGUGCCUGUUUGGCUGCAUUACAUUCCUAAUACUGUAUUUCGCACUGAUAAUGCAUCUUUCAAGAAUCACAUGCAGAAGUUCACUACAUACAUAGUGAACCUAAUGAAACAGGAGAAGCUUUUUGCUUCACAAGGGGGUCCCAUCAUCUUGUCUCAGGUGGAAAAUGAGUAUGGGGAUAUAGAAAGAGUUUAUGGAGAAGGAGGGAAGCCAUAUGCUAUGUGGGCAGCUCAAAUGGCUGUUUCUCAGAAUAUAGGUGUUCCUUGGAUAAUGUGUCAGCAAUAUGAUGCUCCUGAUCCUGUGAUUAAUACUUGCAAUUCAUUCUACUGUGACCAAUUCACACCUAAUUCUCCAAACAAGCCCAAGUUUUGGACUGAGAAUUGGCCUGGAUGGUUUAAAACAUUUGGGGCAAGGGAUCCUCACAGGCCUCCAGAAGAUAUUGCUUUCUCAGUUGCUCGGUUUUUCCAGAAAGGCGGUAGUCUACAAAACUACUACAUGUAUCAUGGUGGAACAAAUUUUGGUCGUACCUCUGGUGGGCCAUUUAUCACCACAAGUUAUGACUACGAUGCACCUAUUGAUGAAUAUGGCUUACCCAGGCAACCAAAAUGGGGACACCUUAAGGAACUUCAUAGGGCUAUAAAGUUGACUGAGAGUGUUGUGCUUAACAGUGAGCCAACUUAUACCUCGUUAGGUCCUUCUCUAGAGGCCGAUGUCUACACUGACUCGUCUGGAGCCUGUGCUGCCUUUAUUGCAAACGUAGAUGAAAAAGAUGACAAGACAGUCCAAUUCCGAAAUGUAUCAUAUAAUUUACCUGCAUGGUCUGUCAGUAUUCUGCCUGACUGCAAGAAUGUUGUCUUUAACACGGCAAUGAUUAGGUCCCAAACCUCUAGGGUCGAAAUGGUUCCAGAAGUUCUGCAUCCAUCAGCGGAUUUAACAAAUAAAGACUUGAAAUCGCUAAAAUGGGAAGUAUUCGCCGAGCAAGCUGGAAUUUGGGAUCAUGCUGACUUUGUUCAAAAUGGACUUGUUGACCACCUCAAUACCACGAAAGAUACUACAGACUACCUGUGGUAUACAACAAGCAUUUUUGUGAAUGAAAAUGAAGAGUUUCUAAAGAAGGGAAGUCAACCGGUUCUUGCGGUUGAAUCAAAAGGCCAUGCUCUUCAUGCUUUUAUCAACAAGCAACUGCAAGUUACUGCAAGUGGAAACGGAUCAGAUAUUACGUUCGGAUUUAAGAAAGGAAUUUCUCUCAAGGCGGGAAAAAAUGACAUUGCUCUGCUAAGCAUGACCGUUGGUCUACAAAAUGCAGGACCGUUUUAUGAGUGGGUUGGAUCGGGACUUACAAAAGUUGCCAUAGAGGGGUUUAACAAUGGUAUACUGGACUUGUCUUCUCAUGCUUGGUCCUACAAGAUUGGAUUGAAAGGGGAGCACCUCGGUAUUAACAAGCCAGAUGGGAUAAAAAAUGUCAAGUGGUUAUCAACCAGCGAACCCCCAAAGCAACAACCUCUGACUUGGUACAAGGUUAUUCUGGAUGCUCCAUCUGGUAACGAUCCUGUUGGGCUGGAUAUGAUUGAUAUGGGUAAAGGCCUGGCAUGGUUGAAUGGGGAAGAAAUAGGAAGAUAUUGGCCAAGGAGAAGCUCUAUUCAUGAUGCGUGCGUUCAGAAAUGCGAUUACAGGGGAAAAUUCCGACCAGACAAAUGCUUAACUGGAUGUGGAGAGCCAACCCAAAGAUGGUACCAUGUUCCAAGAUCUUGGUUCAAGCCAACUGGAAAUAUUUUGGUGAUUUUUGAGGAGAAGGGUGGAGAUCCAACAAAAAUCAGAUUAUCUAAACGUAAGAUCACAGUUGUAUGUGCCCAUCUUGGAGUAGGCCAUCCCUUGAUCGAGUCGUCGUCCGAAGUCGAAAACAUUCGCAGGAUGAACAAAUCAAGCGUCCACUUGAAGUGCCCCCACAACACCCGUAUAGCGACGAUUAAAUUUGCAAGCUUUGGAACUCCCCAGGGAACAUGUGGAUCCUAUAGCAUAGGCGACUGUCAUGAUCCCGAGUCUACUUCCCUGGUUGAAAAGGCGUGUCUGAAUAGAAAAGAGUGUAGAAUAAAGCUAGGAAAAGUGGGUUUCAACAGAGGUUUGUGUCCAAGUGCAACUCAGAAAUUAGCAGUUGAAGCUGUUUGCAGCUAGUAAGUAAAGACUAAAGAAAGGCCUUUGCAUUCAUUUUAGUUCUUGAGGGGAAAGGAAAAAAGAAAAAGAAUCGAGAACCCAAAAAAA